GAGGCAGGGACGAGCUGGACUGGUUUUGGGAUGCGGUAGGGGGAGGGGAGAUUUUGAAACUUGUGAAAUCCACGUUGAUACCAUUGGGCUGCAGGGUUCCCAAGCGGAAUAUGAGUUGCUGUUCCUGCAACCUUCGGGUGGCAUCGUUGUGGCACUGCAGGAGGCCCAGGAUGGACAUGUCGUCUGAGGAAUGGGAGGGGGAGUUGAAAUGGUUCGCGACUGGGAGGCGCAGUUGUUUGUUGCGAACAGAGCGUAGGUGUUCUGCAAAGCGGUCCCCAAGUCUCCGCUUGGUUUCCCCGAUGUAGAGGAAGCCACACCGGGUACUACAGCCUAGGUUACUGCAGAAAAUAAACAACAAGCCGACUCCUCGUUCAUUGGUUACAUUGGACGUCGAUCAAAAUUAGUGUUCCGCCACAACCCCGGCAGCCGGGACAAACGUCACGCCGUUGAUUGUGAUUGGAUGCACGGCAUACGUCGGGCAGCCGGGAUCCCGCCUUCCUCCGCGGAGAAACAUCCAAUCAGCGCCAGGCUUUUCGGAAGAGACUGUCUGUGGUUGGUCGGUAGUGGAACGAAGGCGGGGUUUGUGGCGCGGCAGUCGCGACGGACGCCAUGACGAUUGGCUGCGCCAGGCUGUCAAUCGGAGCGUGCCCACGCCCCGUUGCCCUUCUCAACAUGGCGGCGGCCGGUAGGGCCGGUCUGGCUCCGGCGCGGAGCUGCUGCCGGCGGCUGAGCUGCGAGAGCGGGGCCCGGGAGCUGCUGCUGGGCGCCGUGGACAGCUUCGUGCUGGACUGCGACGGGGUGCUGUGGAAAGGCCGGGACGGGGUGCUGAGCGGCGCGGCCGAGCUGCUGGGCCGGCUGCAGGCGCUGGGCAAGCGGGUCUACCUGCUGAGCAACAACGGCAGCUGCACGGCCGGGGGCCUGCUCGACAAAUGCCGGCGCCUGGGCCUACCCGUGCGGGCCCGGCAGCUCCUCAACACGGCCCGCUGCUCGGCCCUGUACCUGCGGCAGGCCCUGGCCCCGGCCCCAUCCCCAUCCUCGGCCCCGACCGUCUAUGUGCUGGGUAGCCCCGGGCUGCGCUCCGAGCUAGCGGCGGUCGGCCUGCGGGCUCUGGGAGGAGGCGAACACCCCGGGGAAGAGGAGGAGGAGGAGGAGGAGGAGGAGGAGGAGGUCGUCGCGUCUUCCGCCGGGGUCAGGGCCGUCCUGGUCGGCUACGACGAGGGGUUCAGCUUCGGCCGGCUGUCCCGGGCGUGCGGCUUCUUGCAGGACCCUCGCUGCCUCUUCGUGGCCACCGACCCCGACCCCUGGCACCCCCGGGAAGGAGGGAGGGUGGUCCCAGGUACUGGCAGCCUAACAGCAGCCCUCGAGGUGGCCUCUGGCCGCAAGGCCGCGGUCGUCGGAAAGCCCGGCCGGUUUAUGUUUGACUGCAUCGCCAGCGAAGGAGGGGAAGGUGCCGUUGAUCCCUCCCGGGCCCUGAUGGUGGGCGACCGCCUGGAGACGGACAUCCUGUUUGGCGCCAACUGCGGGAUGUGGACGGUGCUGGCGUUGACCGGCGUCUCCAGUCUGCAGGAUGUCCACGCCAAGAUGGCCAGCGAGCUUCCGCAGCACAAGAAGAUGGUGCCAGACUUCUACGUGGAUAGUAUCGCCGAUUUCCUUCCCCUGCUGAGUGGCUGACUGCAGAGGAGAGUAACUCUGGUGCUGGUGACCAUCACCUGGCUCCAUAGUCUAGGACUUGCAUGGUACUGGAGCUGCUUUUCGACAGGCCAGUGUCCCGCGUAACCUUUUUUCGGGGGCUGUCGGAGUCUGUGCAGGUGCCUUGAGGUUGACCACAAAAACCAGCUUUGGCCAACUAACUGAGGACCAAGAGGAGGUGCUGACUAGAAUCAAGGGUUUCUUUUCUUGAUGUUUUGUACUAAUCAAUGAGUGAUUUAAUAAAAGUGUAGUUCCUUGA